UAGAAAAUAUUAAGGGAUACUUGAAAAUUUUUUCCUGCGAGUAAUUUUAAUUGAAUUUGCUUUUUAGUAUUACACAAAAGGCUUUGCAUUCAACUAUUAUAAUUGAAGUAAAUUCUUUAUUCACUAGUUCUACAACUUUUAAUAUAAAUUUUAUUAUUUAUAUAUGUAAUUUUAAUAGACUGCCAUAUUCAAGGAAUUGUUGCAGGGAGAAAACAAAAUACAAAAAAGCAAUAUGAUACGUUAAGCAAAAAUGCUGUCCUAUAAACCAAGUUUAGAACCAAAAAUACAUUAAAUUCAUCGCAGUGUAGAAGAACCCGAAUAAAAUAAAUAGAGACGUGGAAUUGCUCUUCCAAUUCUGAUAUCAAAAAAGCAGCAGUUUAAUUUUGAUUCUGAUAAAGCAAAGGAUAUAGUCAAGAACUUUAAUAUUAAACUAAUCUGCUAAAGAAUGUGUUAAAAUGAAAAAAUCGACAGAAAACUAUCUUAACACAAUAUCCGAAACACUUAAUAACUAAAUCUUACUUUUGGACGAAACUUUCGCAUAAAAACAAGACCAAUUCUCUCAAAUUAAGAUAAUACUGCUGAUCUUAGAGAAUCUCAAUCAGUUAGUAGAGUAAUGUCUCACUAAUAAUAAAGAUUAGUAAAUAAACUAUUUUAAUGA